AUGAUGAUCAUAUUUAUCGGUCUAAUGUCAGCACACGAAUUUCACCUGAAAAAAAUCGAUGGCGAUCUGUAUGUGGGCGAGAAGGGCGAAGAUAUAACAUUGGUGGAACUAUCCGGGGCGGAUACAUUCGAGCUUAAAGAAACCGGGAUCGUAAACGAAGAUUUUAUCCGAGUCAAGUCAAAAGACAAUUACGUUUGGGAUCUGAAGGGCGGUGGUAAAAAACUUAUAUACUGGUUUAAUCCACAUGGGGGAUGGAAUCAGCAGUUUUCCCUUCAUCAACGACCGGAGGGACAUUUUAAAAUUGUUGCUUCAAAUCAGAUGUGCGUUACAUAUAACACACUUCUCAACUACUUCGUGAUAGACGAUUGCAAAGAAAAGGAGGAAUCUCAGCUAUUCGAUAUGGUAGAUAUUGGCACAAAACCACAAUCCAAAUCAAAUCAGACUGAGAAUACAGAUUUGAAGUCUUCAGAAAAGGCUGUUAUUGAUCAACUAUCAGCACGAAUUUAUGAAUUGAACCAUCAAUGUAAGAUUAAUGGUGAACUAAUAGCAAAUCAUCCAAAAGAGGACAAACAUGAAGUGUGCCAUUCAACCAAAAUAAUGCCUACUCCUCCAUCACCACCUCCUACUCCCGAUACAAGUUUCGUACCUAACAUACACCCGAUUCGGCAUCGAUUGUUCAAUAACAUGCUUCCGUAG